AGUUCAGACGAAGGUAACAGAGGAAACAGCCACACGCAAAAUGCAGUGAUAAACAUCCUUUUUCAUGCAUAAAGAUUGAAGCCAAUGACCAACCAUCUGGAAUGCACAGUAAAAAAAUAAAAGAGGUGUUUCGGAAAAACCUGCUGGAGACUGUCCAUAGUUCACACGGAAUAGAAUGAAAAUUCCCAAAUUAUUUUUUUUCUGUUUGCUUGGGCUGGCUAUUGUGCUUUUGUUUUCUUGCAUUAGCAGUCGGAUUCAUGACCAACAAAGCUCAAACAGAUUUAAGCAUUCUCCGGAGAUAAUGCUAUUAGAUGCUGCCUGUGAAGCAUUGGUCAAGAAGAAAAAAUCUUUUGUUUGGGGAAGCCCACUGCAAAUGUCGCCUAAAAGAAACACAUGUCAGGAAUACCUAACACAAAACCACUAUAUCACGUCUCCUCUUUCAGAAGAAGAAGCUGCUUUUCCACUAGCCUUUAUAAUGGUUUUACAUAAAGAAUUUAGCACAUUUGAGAGGCUAUUUAGAGCGAUCUACAUGCCCCAGAAUAUAUAUUGUAUCCAUGUUGAUGAGAAAGCAAGUGCAGAAUUUUUGACCGCUGUUGGAAGAUUACUGGACUGUUUCCCCAAUGCUUUCCUCGCAUCCAGAAUGGAGCCUGUGGUUUAUGCUGGUAUAUCCAGACUCCUGGCUGAUAGAAACUGCAUGAAGGACCUUGUGGAAUCAGAUGUGCCAUGGAAAUAUGUUAUCAACACCUGUGGACAGGAUUUCCCUUUAAAGACUAACAAGGAAAUUAUACAACAUCUAAAAAAAUUUAAAGGAAAAAACAUUACCCCUGGGGUGCUGCCCCCAGAUCAUGCCAUACCAAGGACCAAAUAUGUUCAUCGUGAGGAUAUUGUUCAUUCAUUUGUUCGAAGGACCAAUGUGUUAAAACCUCCUCCACCUCACAACAUGACCAUCUACUUUGGUUCAGCAUAUGUUGCACUCACAAGGGAAUUUACAAAGUUCAUCCUUGAGGAUCAGAGAGCCACUGAUCUACUAAAAUGGUCCAUGGACACCUACAGUCCAGAUGAGCAUUACUGGGUGACAUUAAAUAGAAUUCCAGAUUUUCCAGCAUCCAUGCCAGAUGCUAAGUGGGAAGGUGAUCUAAGGGCAAUAAAAUGGAGUGAUGACACGACUCAUGAUGGUUGCCACGGCCAUUAUGUCAGAGGUGUUUGUGUUUAUGGAGUAGGAGAUUUACCAUGGUUACUCAAGUCAGAAAGUAUAUUUGCCAACAAAUUUGAGUUGAAGCGCUAUCCCCCUACAGUGGAGUGUCUGGAACUAAAAUUACGCUAUCGUGCUUUGAAACAAAGUACAACUACAUUGCAGUCUCAUUGGUUAUUAUGAUUGUCUGAUGCAUACUUGAAAUAGAUCAUCUUGAAAAA